AUGUUGCAUUCAUCUUUUGUUUUUUGGAUCACUGUGAUAUCCAUAAUCUCACAAGUUUGUAACUCAUUUCGGAUUUCAGAUGAACAAGUUCAAAAACUUCAACCUUCCGACGACUUUGUCAACGUUAAACUGCGACACGUAUUUCAUCACGGAUUAAAUGAGCAGUAUAAUCAACAGUAUCGAUUAGAUAUACACAAGAAAGAUGUAUAUGAAAGUAGUAACAAUGUUUUCCAGCUGAAAAUGAAGAACUCGAAUGCAACGUCUUUAAAAAAUCAGACUCGUGAAUCAUUGAAUAAUUACCGUGAAAGCUCCAUGCGUGGUUUGCAUGCCGAACAAUCCUUAACGGAUAUUUGGACUAAGAAAAAGGUUGUAUUGCCGGAUGUUACGGAUAAGGCAACAGUUUAUUCUCUUGGAAAAAUGAGUUUUAAUGCAUAUCAAAAGAUUCCAUUCGAUGGCGAUUGGCUUGACAUUGGUCCGGAUUGGAAUAUAACACCUCCAGAAGGCUUUGGUUGGGAUGAAGAUGGUCUCCGAGGCCAUGUGUUUUCCAAUAACGACAACUCUACUAUAAUUAUCUCUAUGAAGGGCACUUCUAUAUACGGCAUUGGUCGAGGAACGUCUCAAAAGGAUCGUAUAAACGAUAACUUGCUAUUUUCUUGCUGUUGUGCGCGAGUAAGUUGGGCAUGGACGACUGUAUGCGACUGUUACAAAAGUACCUACACUUGUCGUCAAACUUGCUUAGAGGAUGAAAUACAAUCUGCUACUAGGUACUAUUCCGCUUCUCUUGAUAUAUAUUACAAUUUGAAAGAACUAUAUCCUGAAGCCCAGAUUUGGUUGACUGGUCAUUCUUUAGGAGGCGCCACUGCUUCAUUGAUGGGUUUAUCUUUUGGCAUUCCUACCGUCACGUUUGAAGCUCCGGGAGAGCUUUUGGCUGCUCGUCGUCUUCAUCUUCCUAUGCCUCCUGGACUUCCUGACGAGGAAAGUCAUAUUUGGCACAUUGGCCAUACUGCUGAUCCGAUUUUCUUGGGUGUAUGUGUUGGGCCUACUACUUUAUGUUGGGCUGGCGGCUAUGCUAUGGAGUCAAAAUGUCAUACGGGCCAAGAAUGCCUUUACGAUGUUGCCAAGGAUAAAGGUUGGCAUAUUUCUUUAACACAUCACCGUAUGCAAAGUGUUUUAAACGAUGUGAUUGAUACUUACGACGAGGUACCUGUCUGUGCCCACACGCCAAAUUGUGUGGACUGCUAUCUUUGGGAAUUUCCCGAUGAUGAGAAAUAA